AUGGCGCUAAAAUCUGCGAUCCGCAACUUGCGGAAUAACCCCCAGCUUCUCUUCGUUCGCCUGCCGAAUAUACUUUCCUUCCUUUGCAUCGUUGUCGGUGUCGUCUGGCUGCUCCUCCUUCCCUUGAACGACUACUCCCGACAAACCUACAUCUCCGAGAAUGCGUUAUUGCCGGGUCAAGUCCAUGCCUAUUUCACCGGCAGUGAGCAGAACAUCUUCCGAGGGUACAAGAAGGAGAUCCAAGCAUUGAUUCAGGAGGGUCCUGCUGGAUUAAAAGUUGCAACCCAGAAAUACGAGUACACCUCUGCAGGAAUUGGCUACCAAGGAGAGAACGUCUAUGGUAUCAUCCACGCGCCGCGGGGUGAUGCGACGGAGGCAAUUGUCUUGGUCGCAGCGUGGAAGACCGCGGAUGACGAGUUGAACCUGAACGGUGUGACACUUGCCUUGACGCUGGCCAGAUACUUCAAACGCUGGUCGCUUUGGUCUAAGGAUAUCAUCUUCGUUUUCCCACCUGACAGCAAAACCGGAACCCAAGCAUGGAUCGAUGCCUACCAUGACCUGCACCCUGCGACCGUACAACCGCUGCCAUUGAAGAGUGGCGCGUUGCAAGGCGCGCUGGUCAUCGAAUACCCUUUCGAGAACCACUUCCACACACUUCACAUUGUCUAUGAUGGUGUCAAUGGUCAACUGCCAAAUCUUGAUCUCUUCAACACUGCUGUGGCCAUCGCAGGUGGGCAGAUGGGCAUUGGGGCCAAUCUACAAGAAAUGUGGAAGCACGACGACUCCUACCAGGACCGUCUGAAGACGAUUUUGCGCGGCAUGACCAAGCAAGGCCUCGGCUAUGCUACCGGAGCGCACAGUAGUUUCAUGCCAUAUCACAUUGACGCCAUCACUCUCCAGCCCAAGGGUGAGGGCUGGGAAGAUGAGAUGGCCCUGGGUCGGACAAUUGAAAGUCUUUGCCGUAGCUUGAACAACUUACUCGAGCACUUGCACCAGAGUUUUUUCUUCUAUCUGCUCAUGCAGUCUAAUCGUUUCGUCAGCAUUGGAACUUAUUUGCCUAGUGCCAUGCUGAUCGCAGGCAACUUCACUAUCAUGGCGAUUGCGUUGUGGAUGCGAACCGGCUACUACUCGGACUCUAAGCCCGGUGUGUCCGCUGGCUCUGAUACUCCCAAGUCUAAGAGCGAAAAGCCCUCUGGCACAGUGACUGAGAAGGAAGUAACCGAGAGCAAGCUCAAUGGAAGUACCGUCGCAGAGCGUGUCCUGGCCUUGCCACUUACGCUGGUCAGCGGAUUGCAUUUGAUUGGUCUCGUUCCUCUGUGGAUAUUUAACACAAUCUUCCACCAGUAUUUCACUGCUGCUACCUACAUCUUUGUCGGUGUAGACGUGGUCCUCCCCUUGAUCUUGGCCGCACUACUCUCGAAUGGCCUCGGAAUCUCAAGGCCCAUCGUCCCCCAACAAUACCUCUUGAUCAAGUCUUUCGCGCUGCUCCUGCUUGGUCUUUCCCUCUCUACGCUCGCUACUCUCAAUUUCUCCCUCUCUUUCAUGAUCGGCCUCCUCUGCGCCCCUCUAACCUUCAUUACCCGUAUCCAAGGCGCCGCGGCUGUGCGAUACCCCAUCUCUGUUUUGGGACUCGCACUGCUGAAUCUUCUGUCCCCGCCCGCCGUUCUCAUUGGCGUCUGCUGGUAUACCGGUGUGCCUAUUGAGACCGUGCUCACUCAAGCUGCGUUCGGAUGGGAUGUCUGGGGCAUGUGGACGCAAGUGGUGGUCUGGUGUGUGUGGUGGCCGGCUUGGUUGAUUGGAUGCGUCCUGUUGGGAUCCUCUAUGUUUUAA